GAGUAGAUGAUGGAAUUUUCAUAGUUUUCGUUCUAAAUAGAGUUGGAAUAACUCAUGUUGAUCAUUCACAUCAAGCAAUGAAUGAAAAAAUCAACAGAACUGUUGAAGCAAACUUUAAAGAGAUUGGCUAAGGCUAAAAGGCAAUUGCAUACAUCUGGAAUAUAUCGUUUUAUUGCGUAGUCAAUGACGCUUGAAAGACAUCGAGGGAUAGAUCUUUACUGUUCAAUGUGUUUUAAAUUAUUGUAGUACGCGCAGUCAUGUCGACGAAAAUAAACGACUUGAAAUCUACGCUUUAUUUGAAAAUAAAUACUACAGAAGAUGUCUUUAGACUAAGAGGAUGUUUUGAAAAGUGCGACAGAGAUCAGUUGCUUUCGUGGACAGAUAAAGAUGGCUACGAUAUUUUACAUCAUGCAAUUAUGUCUGAAAACAUUGAGGCCGUCGGAAUCAUAUUUGCCCUCGGUCAUUUUAAACCGCCACACGAACCAAAAUUUCAUUCUUAUAUACACCUGGCAGCAAACUUUGGAAGUAAAACAAUUGUGAUUAUGCUUUUACAAGAGAGACCACGUGAUUAUUCUACAAAUAAAUCUAAAUUCAAGUGGGUGAAUCCCCCGACGGAGACGCCGCUACAUUCUCCUGACGGGACAAGUAUGGUGACUCCGCUAGAUGUGGCCGCUCUAAGUGGGCACGCUUCGUGUGUAAGAUCUAUUUUGGAUGUGUCGUCAGUUAAAACCAAACUGGAGUUUGGUUCAGAAAAUCACUUAUCCGCAGCAUGUGCCAGUAACUCGCCGUCUGCUCUUCGCUUAUUGCUUAAAGAAAGGACAACGUCGGACGACCUUAAGUCUGCAGUAGGCGCUGCCUUGAAAUUAGCAAACGCAGAAUGCCUAGAUGUUCUUUUAAGAUGCAAUCCUUCACUUACUUCACUUUUUAGUGGUAUGAACCUUUACCAUGUACUAUACUCGUACAGUCUAUCGUUUAAAAAGGAAUGGUAUGAAUCUCUUUUGACAGUUACCUCCGUUUUGUUGAAGUAUAAACAAAAUCCGGUGUCUGAUAUUCCAUUUCGUACUUAUCCAUUGUAUAGCUUACUAAGCCAUACACCCGCGUCGGAUUUCGGAAAGUCGUAUCCAUAUAUAGCAGCCUGCAUGGUUGUUCUCUUGAAUGCAGGAGUGGAUCCAAACUUUGAUGAGGUCAAAUUUGAGAAGGAACACGAAGCAUUGCACAUCCAAACAGCAUUUGGACGAUUAUCGUACUCGUCCGCGCUCCACUGCUUGUAUGACAAUGUUAUAACAUUAGUAAGACAUUUUGAAGAUGACGUCACAAAUAUUAGACGUUUUGUCACCAAAUGCACGGAGACAUUACUACGCCACGGUGCCGAUCUUUCAGUACAGGGCAGCGUUGGUGACGGACCAAAUGGUUUCAUAGGAAAUCCUUUACAUGCAUUUUUGAAAGUUUCUAUAUUACUUGGAUUGGAUGAACGCAGUAUCACUACUUUUAGGCUGUUGAUACAGAACGGUUCUGAUCCAAAUGAAAAUGAGUCCGGAAAGUUUCCGUUAAACACAUUUUGUGACGAAAUUUUAAUGCACUCUGAAAAGUUUGAAAAGAUAACGAAAUCAGACGAAGCUUCACAAUUGGAGUAUGUUAAUGAGAUAGUGAAUACACUCUUUGGCAAUAUGACAUUGACGUCUGUCAGUAGCGCGUGCAAGAUCGAAUUUGGUGGGAAACCGACCAAUGAUAUACAAAGGAAGCUUUUUAAAAUAUGCAAAGACGAGAUGCAAAAACGAGCUUCUAGUGUUUGGAACUUAAAAGUUCUUUGUCGCUUAAGUAUUUUGCAAGCAUGUAAAUGGAAAUCCACGGCUGUGGUUGAAUUGCCAAUACCGAUAGCUUUGAAAAAGUACAUCAACAAUGUGGAAUGACCCUCAAUCAGGUGCCAGUUUAUAAACUAAAUAAGUGAUUGCUUCAAUUCACUGCAAAGCAGUAAGAAGAUGAUGCUAUUUUGAAGUUAUUAUCAGUGUAUGAAUUACGUAACCUAAAGAGUGAGAAUUUAGUAUUUAAAAUUAUCCAUGACUGUAUGAAUAACGUCAUCUUGAGAGUACAUGAACUAUUUUGAUAUUGUCCAUGAGUCUAGAGUGCAUAGAUGACGUCACCGAGAGAGUGUGCAUUAACUAUUUUGAAAUGUUUACGAGUUAGAGUGUAUGAAUAACGUCGAAUAAAGAGUGUGCAUUUACUUAUUUUAAAGUUAUUCCUGAGUUCAUGGAAUACGUCACCUAUAGAAGCGUAUGCAUUUAUAAGGAACUUCCUUUCGACGAUAACAUGUGCUGUGUUUGUAUAUAAUCAUCUAUAAAGUGUAUAGUUUGCAUUUAUCUUGAAAAUAAUGUUAACUUUGUAUGUUAGGAUGUUGUUAAUGCUUGCGUCAUAAGAAUUCUUAACAUAUUUCUAAGUAAUUUUGUUCAUUGUGAUAAAUGUUCUUAAGCAUUUCUUGUUGGCUAAAUGUAUUGAAUAUUUUCUAAUAAAACUGUUAAUUGAAACCCAUUUUUUGUUUUGAUG